UUUAGCAAUGGCAAAUUACAAAAUACAUAAGCGAUAGCAUUUUAUAAGCAAUAAUAAAUCGAUUACCGUAUUGAUUAAAAGGUACAGAAAAUAAAAAAAAACCCGAAGUAAAAAUAAAGGUUUUGCUAACACUUAUUAAUUACUAAUACUAAUAAUGCUCAAAUAUAUCUUCUACAACACUUAUUUAAAAUAACAAAGACACAAAUGUAGAAAUUUCAUUAGUUCAGGUUGGGGAUUUAUGCCAGUUACCUAGUUGAAAAUGUGCCGAAAAUUGGUGGUAGUAAGCAAAUGACCAACAAAUGAUGUUGUGGGUUUGUGUGGGUUUUUUUUUUUUUUUUUAAAUUGGAAGAAAAUGUUGUUUAGGACUGUUAAGAUGUGGCAUCAUUGGAUUGUUCAUUUUUCACAUUAACUAUUUGAUUUUUCCUCCAAAAGACAUAAAAGAAACACAAUUUUCAUCUUUAUUCUACUGCUUUUCUUAAACAAAAACUUUCUAUUUAUUCCACUAUCUCAUUUAUGUAUACUUUUUAACAUCACGGUGGGUUACAGAACAUAUGUUACAUAACGCUACAUUUGUUAAAAUAAUAUACUAAUAAACACAUUUCUUUUGCACUAUUUUCAAUUGAUAGUAAAAGCCUACCAAGGUGCUCAGCUCUCUUGCCUGACAAACCAAACUCAGGGUGUAAAUCUUCUAAGUGAGGUCUAACGUGGGUUGUAGCAGAAAGCUAGUAGUCGUAACUGUCAACAAGGACAGGGGUUAACCUGUGGACAUAAAUAUAUUUGAAGACUAGUACCUUGUGAAUUAGCGUGGUUUUUGCCAUUCUGAAAUUAUUACCUAAGCGUGUCUGCCACUGUCUGCAGCGGGAGGACAUGCUGUGAGGGACCAGAGUCCUUCAGUUGUAGCGAAGAUGUUGGCCACCGGGAGCCGCCUGGUGAGCUCUGCUGCCCGGCUGCUGCUGCUGCGGGGAGCCGAAUCCACCUGGUGUCCAUGCAGGCACAUUUCUGUCAAACCAGGAGGUUUGAAACCCAGGACGGUUCCUGCUCGGUACCUGGGCCAGCCCAGUCCCUACACCCAUCCUCACCUUAUCAAACAUGGCGAGGUGACCCCAGGCGUGACCCAGACGGAGUUCGAGCUCCGCAGACACAGGCUGGCCUCCCUCAUUGAGGCGCAGACUGAUAAGCUGGGGCCUCCUGCCUUCUCCUCCAACCACGUAGUAAUCAUCUUGUCCCAUCCGACUCGUUACAUGAGCAACGACAUCCCUUACCCCUUUCAUCAAAACCAGGAUUUCCUCUACCUCAGUGGGUUCCUAGAACCGGACAGUGCCUUGGUUCUUCACGGGAAAGGUCGACCAGACCAGGCCAUCUUGUUUGUCCCUCGCAGAGAUCCGGGGAGGGAACUGUGGGACGGCGCCCGGUCCGGGAAAGAUGGAGCCGCUGCUUUGACAGGCAUAGAAAGAGUUCAUCACACAGAGGAGCUGGGUCUCUUUUUGAAGAGCCUGAAAGGAUCUCAGCUGUGGUACGACAGCUCUCCACCCGCCCACCCACGUCUCCACCAGUCGUAUGUGCUCCCAGUGCUGGAAGGUGGGCCGACCGCGCGCACACUCAGACCCCUGGUUCAUUCGCUCAGGGCCCUGAAGAGCUCUGCAGAGGUGGCGCUCAUGCAGGAGGCAGGUCGGAUCUCAGCACAGGCUUUCAGGAGGACCAUGGCUCUGUCUGGAGGAGAGGUGGAUGAGGCUGUGCUGUUUGCUAAGUUUGAUUUUGAGAAUCGGGUCCAUGGUGCCAACUUCCUGGCGUAUCCUCCUGUGGUUGCUGGAGGGAACCGAGCCAACACGCUGCACUACAUCAACAACAACCAGAUUAUCAAGGAUGGUGAGAUGGUCCUGCUGGACGGCGGCUGCGAGUUCUUUGGUUAUGUCAGUGACAUCACUCGAACGUGGCCCGUGAAUGGAAAAUUUAGUCCGAUCCAGGCGGAGCUGUAUGAAGCUGUCCUGGAGGUCCAGCACUCCUGCUUGUCCCUGUGCUCUCCGGGCGUCAGCCUCGACCACAUCUACAGCACCAUGCUGGCUCUGCUGGGCCGGCAGCUGAAGCGGCUGGGCAUCCUCAAGGCGGGCGCCAGUGAUGCUGAUGCUUUGAAGGCUGCGAGGCGCUACUGCCCCCACCAUGUUGGUCAUUACCUGGGCAUGGAUGUGCACGACACUCCUGAACUGUCCCGUUCACAGCCUCUUCAGCCAGGCAUGGUCAUCACUAUUGAACCAGGGUUGUACAUCAGUGAAGACAACGAUGAGGCGCCAAAGCACUUCCGUGGUCUGGGUGUCAGGAUUGAGGACGACGUUGUGAUUAGAGACAAAGGAGGACCUCUGAUUUUGUCCUCUGACGCACCAAAGAGCAUCGCUGACGUGGAGAAAGCCUGUGCCGUGAGAUAAAUCACGGAGAGAGCCGGAGCCGACUGGUCUGGAUCUCUGUGAGCUGCUUUACUAUGAGUUGUCUCCGUCAAGCUCAGGGCCCAAGAGCACCAAAGGUGGAACUCAACCUGGUGUUCGGCAAAAGUCUGAGACUUUGCAGGUGCUGUUACUGUCUGCUUGAAGCUUUGCUGCACUGAUCAGUGUUUACGAAAUGCACAAGGAUAUGAAUGUGCAGUUCCUGAAUAGUAAGCCAACCAUGCACAAACGUGGCUUCAGUAGUAGCUAUAAAGAUAAAUGGGCAGUGAGGCUGAUUCAGUUGAGUGUAAAGAGUGCUACUGUGAUACAAGCAUGGAUAACAGUCCUAAUCGUGUGCAAUAUAUCCUUUGUUCUGGGAGAAUUAGACAUUUCACAAUCAAAUUUACCUUUUUAACCAAUUUUCAUAAUUUUGUCUUACUGAAAUUUGUCCCCUUUAUAUAUUUUUCAAUGUCAUCAUUACAUUUUACAGAUCAAAUAUGAAAAACAACUGAACUUUAAAUGUGUUGUGUAUGUGCAUUCAACUUUGAAGAAUUGUUUUGUUUCCCAGAAAAUUAUGUUUUCAGGCGUUCAAAAUAUAAAAGUUUUACUUCAAA